GCAAGGCGCGCCACCAGGGGGCAGGCCAGAGCCGAGGAGGCGGUGCCGAGCCCGAGUUGGGAGGGGCCGGGACGCAGCGACGCCGUGUCCCGUGACCGUCUUCCACCCGCCCGCGGCCGACAUGCAGUCCCCAGCCGUGCUUGUCACCUCCAGGCAAGUUCAGAACGUGCACACAGGCCUUGACUUGACCGUGCCACGGCACCAGGAAGUGCGGGGCAAGAUGAUGUCCGGCCACGUGGAAUACCAGAUCUUGGGGGUGACCCGGUUGGCUGGGUUCAAGUCCGCCAAGCACCGGCCUGAAGAUGUCGUCCAGUUCUUGGUCUCCAAAAAAUACAGCGAGAUCGAGGAGUUUUACCAGAAACUGAGCAAUCGUUACCCAGCAGCCAGCUUGCCCCCGCUGCCUAGGAAGGUCCUGUUUGUCGGGGAGUCUGACAUUCGGGAAAGGAGAGCCAUGUUUGAUGAAAUUCUGCGCUGCAUCUCCAAGGAUGCCCAGUUGGCGGGAAGUCCAGAGCUCCUAGAAUUCUUAGGCACCAGAUCUGCAGGGGCUGCAGGCCUUGCCCCUAGAGAGCCCUCUGUCCUGGAUGACACAGCCAGCCAGCCAGGGGACAGCGAUGAGGCUUUUGACUUCUUUGAGCAGCAGGACGAAGUGCAGCCGCCCACGCUGGGCCUAAGCAGCAAGGUUGUGGAGAAGCCCUUGGAGGAAGAAGAGGAAGAGGAGGAAGAGGCGCUGGAUCCCCUGGGCAUCAUGCGCUCCAAGAAGCCCAAGAAACGCCCGGAGGUGGCCACGAGGCCCAAGCCUUCACCUCGACUCACUAUCUUUGACGAGGAGAUAGACCCUGAUGCGGGCCUCUUUAGCCCAGGCGAUAGGGCGUCCCCUCUGAGACCUCUGGGGGCCACACAGGACUCCCUGAAGCUGUUCGACGACCCUGAUCUUGGCGGGGCUGUCUCCCUGGGUGACCCUUUACUGCUACCGACUGCCCGGGAGAGUGGAGGGCCCACAUCCAGCCCGGAAUACAGGGAUGCCUCCAAGGAGCUGUUCAGAGUUGAAGAGGACCUGGACCAGAUUCUGAGCCUAGGGUCUGAACCUAAACCCAAGCCCCAGACUAAGCCCAAGCCUCAAGUCCCAGCUAAGCCGGUACCGCCCAAGAAACCAGCUGCGCCCACCUCUGUGGGCCCGGCAGAAACUGGGGCUGGACCGCAGAAGCAGCAACAGAUCCAGGCCAUGGACGAAAUGGACAUCUUGCAGUACAUCCAAGACCACGACACACUUACCGAAGACUCCCCCAGCCUCUUCUGACUUCAACCCCCUCCAACCUCUAUUGGGUCUGCGGCUGGCUGCAUGCCCUCCGGGGGAAGAGGCCUGUUUGUGAGUACGUGGGUUCUGUCUGCAAGGCAAGGACCACGAAUGGAAGUGAAAGCCUGGAUGCCCCCGUCCCGGUACCACACGGUUUCCUUUUCUCCUGGGCUGUGGGAUGGACAAGGACUCUGCCCAGCGUAGAGUUGGGAACAUCAUAGGAAUCAAGCUGCCUUGUCCCAGCCCAGCUGACUGUAAAGAGGAAAGGAGGUGUGGGCCUCACAUGGCUCAACAGGGGCCUGACCUCAGAGCUGGAGUGAGAUCAGAGGACAAUGUCCACCAGGGAAGGGACGCCUUCCACAUGCUUGUAUCCACUGGCUCUGCCAGCUCAGUGCAGGAAGGAAGGCUUACCUGAGCCUAGGUUGGGCUAACAGGGGUACCUCUGGAGUCUCUCCUUAGCAUGGCUGCUCAGGCCCAGCUAUCCAGACUGCCUUGACCCAGGUCCCUUCUGAAUCCCUUUGGGCUUUCUGGGCUAAAAGGAAAACUUAGGCCCAGCCUUGCCUCUCUAGGGCACGGAGGACUUCCAGAACUCCAGGUCUUCCAUUUCCUGUCCCACGAAGGGCCUGGCCAGCCCAUGGCUCCUUGGAUGCGGGUGUCAACAGAAUGGCUCAUAGCAUCUCCCAGAGCUUGACCUCUGGGGUAUGAGGCAAUGAGGUUUUUCCUCCAAGACCUUGUCUACCCUCAGGAUCUGAACUU